GCCAUUUCCGGGUCCCUUCCGGCGGGGCCGGAAGCGGAGCGCGGAGCCGGCGCGGCAAUGGCGCCCAAGGGGAAGGCGGGCACCAAAGGCAAGAAGCAGAUCUUCGAGGAGAACCGGGAGACGCUGCGCUUCUACCUCCGCAUCAUCCUGGCGGCCUCCGCCCUCUACGCCGUGGUGAACUUGGUCAUCUUCUACCCCUCCGCCUCCGCGUGGACAUGGGUAGCCUUCAUCUUCAGCUGCGUGGUGUACGGCACAAGCUACCGGUCCAUGAGCUCCAUGGCAAAGCCGUCGUUCACAGAUGAUGGCAGCCUUGCCGACGGGGGAAUUGACCUGAAUAUGGAGCAGGGGAUGGCAGAGCACCUCAAGGAUGUGAUCCUGCUGACAGCCAUAGUCCAAGUGCUGAGCUGCUUCUCUCUCUACCUCUGGUACUUCUGGCUCUUGGCUCCAGGGCGCGCUCUCUACCUGCUGUGGGUGAACAUCCUGGGGCCCUGGUUUACAGCUGAGUCUUCACCUGCCGGUCAGGAACCAAAUGAGAAGAAGCAACGCCGCCAAGAACGCCGCCAGAUGAAACGCUUCUAGCCCUGCUGGGGAGAAGGAUUAACCCUUUCUCUCAUCUCCAUGCUGUUAUUUCAUCAGGGAUGCAACCCAAACCACCGCAGUAGCUACACUGCCCUCUGUCAUUGCUGCCAUUUCCGCUAGAAGGGCCGCAAGAGUCUUCCCUUGGUCCUUAGCACCGCAACAGUCUUCCCUUGGUUGGUUCUUAGUACCACAAGAGUCUUCCCUUGAUUGGUUCUUAGCACCACGAGUCUUCCCUUGGGUGGUUAUUGCCAGUUGAGGCCUUACUCCUCGGGAUGACGAGGGGGGCGGUGCUGGGGUGCGUGGCAGGACCUUCUUAAAGCAGCGCUGCGUCGCGUUUGAGGUUGGGGAUGGCAACGUUGAAAGAAAUAGCACAUUAAAGAGCAGAGUCUAACUGAC